AAACCCGCGCGCGCCGUGGUGCUGGUCGCAGGUCGGGCGGCGCUGUGUCAUCCCGACGCUCGGAGCUCUCUCACGCUCGCGCGCUACUGUGGGAGGCGACACAGACGACAGAGGCGGGCACGCUUCGGGCAGAGGGCCGGUGGCGUAUGCGCCGGGUCGGGCGGCGGCCACGGAGUCGGCCCGCGCCGAGCCGCCAUGGAGUUCACUCCGUUCACCCACCCGGAGCAGCUGGCCACGCUGGCCAAGCCGGAGGACCUGUCGCGCACCGGCACACCAGAGCCGGAGGAGGUCGCCGCGGGCGACUCCAACCACCGGCAGACGGUGCCGGAGACGGAGCCGCUCGACUCCAACCACCUGCCGACGCUGGCUGACAAACAGGCCCAGGCCGCGGCAGCAGCGGGGGACGAUGGCGAGCGGCUGCUGUUCGGCUGGGGCGGCUGCACGCCGUCCGUGCUGCAGCCGCUCGUCAGCCAGCGCACCUUCCUGGUGGUGUUCGUGAUGACGUGCGUCCUGCAGGGCAUGUACUACACGUACGUGGUCAGCGUGCUCACCACCAUUGAGAAGCUCUUCCAGUUCCAGUCCAAGACCACCGGCAUCCUGUUCAGCGCCACGGAGAUUGGGCAGAUCUCGGGCGCGCUGCUGCUCACCUACUACGGCGGCCAGGGCCACAGGCCGCGCUGGAUCGGCUGCGGCAUCGCUCUGUUCGCAGUCUGCACCUUCAUGUGCGCCCUGCCGCACUUUAUGUACAGCGACCAGCUGGCCACGCUCAACCACGUCAAGGUGGACGCCGGCGGCCGGGACAACCGCACCCUGUGCCCGCCGCCGGGCGUCAAGGGUCUGCUCUCCGACCCGCUAGAUUUCGAGGUCGACCUGAACAGCAGUACGACGUUCGGAAGCCUGCUGUUGGCUCGGGACAGUCCUCCCGGGCUGGAAGAUGAACAGUGCGAGGACGACCAGCAGGUGACGGCACACGCCGAGAUCCGCUCCGUCGUGCUGGCCAUCUUCUUCGUCUGCCUGAUCGGCGUCGGAGUGGGCCAGACGAUGGCCUUCAACCUCGGCAUCCCCUACAUGGACGACAACGUCAGCAGCAAGGAGUCUCCCAUGUACUUUGCGUUCAUCAUCGGGAUGCGGAUCUUCGGGCCGGUGUUCGGGUUCGUGCUCGGCUCCCUGUGCACGUCCAUCUACGUGUACCCGCUGGAGAGCCCCAACAUCACCACCCGGGACCCGCGCUGGAUCGGCGCCUGGUGGCUCGGCAUGUUCAUCAUCUCCGGGAUGCUGGCGCUGAACGCGGUCAUCAUGUUCGGGUUUCCGAGGCGGCUGCCACAUCCGAAGCUACCGCCGGCUCAUGCGAAUAGCCCAAACCACCAGCAACAGGUCCACCACCACGUGCCGCCGAGUCAGCCAAAUAACGGCGGUCCGCCCGCCAAGAAUCCUAGUCUCCGAGAGUUUCCGCGGGCGGUGAAGCACCUGUUGCAGAACGACGUACUGAUGUGCCGGACGGCCUCCAAUGUGCUGCACGUGCUGCCCAUCGCCGGCCUCUACACCUUUCUGCCCAAGUACCUCGAGUCGCAGUUCAGGCUGACCGCCUACGCGGCUAAUAUGGUGGCAGGUCUGGGCGGGAUUCUGGUGAUGUUCCUCGGCAUCCUGGGCAGCGGGAUCUACAUCAGGAAGUUCCAGCCGUCGGCGCGCUUCAUCACCGGCUGGAUAGCCAUCUCGGCGCUGCUUUACUCGGCCGGGAUGGCAAUACUCAUGUUCGUGGGUUGCAGUCAGAAUGAUAUUGUCGGCCUGCAGCCAGGGAACGUCUCGGGUCUGUGGAACGGCACCAUCUCGUGCCGGGCGCACUGCACCUGCCCCACGGAGGAGUUCUCGCCCGUGUGCGGCUCCGACGGGAUGACCUACCUGUCGCCGUGUCAGGCCGGCUGCAGCAGCACCGCGUCCGGGGACAACGCCACCGCGCUGUAUGAGGGGUGCAGCUGUGUCGAAGGCAAGGGAACGGCCGAACUCGGGUACUGCUCGCUCGACUGUGAUAACUUCUACUGGUUUAUUCCGAUAUUUUGUGUGUUUGUGCUGAUCCACUCGACCUCGGAGGUGGGCGGCAUCCUCAUCACCCUGCGCUGUGUCGACCCACACGAGAAGGCGCUCGCCCUCGGCUUCAUCGCCGUCGCCAUCGGGCUGUUCGGUAACGUACCAUGUCCGAUAAUUUAUGGCGCGGUGGUGGACUCGGCCUGCCUGCUGUGGAAGCAAAACUGCGGCCAGGACGGCGCCUGCUGGCUGUACGACACCACCAGCUUCAGGCACCUCUUCUUCGCGACCCGCUCGCCCCGUGUUGGCAGGCAUCACGUCCGCAGUCAUGUUCGCCGCGUUCCUGGUGGACUGCGUCGUCUGGUACAAGGCCGGGAAGAUAAACGCCGCCACGGCCGGCCACCCUGCCGAGCUCGGUCCGCACGCGGUGGCCAGCAGCCGCACCCCCGAGCACGCCGGACAGCACCCGGAGGCCGAGCCGCUCAAACAGGCACCAUGACGACGCACAAGGGACUGAAUCACCACCAACACGAACGGAUGAGCCAAUAGGGCUCUUCUGUAACAGGUAUUAUGCGAGCUGAGCUACCGGCACCGAACCACGGCGGUUAGAGGACUAGCCAGCCGUACCGUGGGGGCCAUGACACGCGCAUCCGAGUCCACGCGGCUGUCUGCCCGGCGACGCACACCCGAAAGGCUGUGUUUCCACUGUGUCGGUGCCGGUGGGACCACGCUAAGCAGCAGUCUGUGGCAGCGGCAAAAGUCUGCAGACUGAGACAGCGGCGGGAAGCGGUGUGUGGCAACAGUCUGUGGCAGCAGUAACCAGCAGUCUGCGGCAGUGGUAAACAGUCUGCAGACUGCGGCAGCGGCGGGGAGCGGUAUGCACCAUCGGCGGUUCCCGUGAGUCUGACCGGCUGUGGCCCGUCCUCGGCAGCUGCCGGAUUGAUCCGAGCCUAGUAGAGACUGCAGUGAACACGUCCCGGCGUGUGCCGUAGCCGCGCCCGUGCGCCAGUGCCCUGAUCAGGCUGUGACUCAAACAGCGCCGGCCCUCGGGAGGAGCCCUGUGCGCCACUCCCUCAGCCGGGCGCGUGCUCUACUAGGGAGAGGGUUAGAGGUACAGCAGCGCGCUCACACGUGAGAUGUCGAGAGAACGGUGGACGCUGCAGCUAAAAACGUGACCUAUUCCGAGCUGGCGGCACUGAUGUCCUAUAAAGAGAAGAGUGGCGCGAAUGGCUAGAUUGAAGGAAUUUCGAGCUGAUAAAGGGCACAUAGUUAUUUGAAGGGAGUGCCUGUGACUGGACUUUUGAGUGAGCCGUGUGGCUGCCAGUAUUGUGUGCAGUGAAACACUUAUAUUUGUGGAGAUGUUUGAAAAUGUAAUGUUUGUAUACUAAACCGAAUCGUAUGUCCUAUAUUUCUGAAUGCGGCCUUUAGCUGAUGCUCAGAACUUUCCCACCCAAAAAGACACCCGCUGAUGAAGGAAGUGAACUAAGAGUUCGUCUUUGCAUUUAUCGCCACUAUACUUUUGUUCUACCAUGAAUAACAGGGCGGAUGAUAAAAAAACUGGCGUUGGUCGGAUUUAACCUGCAUUUAAGUCAAGGAAAAUAUUUAACAUGACAAUCGUAGGUAUGCUGCCCGGGGAAAUUCUGUAAAUCAUAUUAAUUCUAUGCCAAAACUGAUUGAUAAAACGGCAACGGAAUUUAGUUUAGGCGUGCAUUUGAACACACAAGCCAACAUCAAUGACAGUCAUUAUUAUGUCCGUAUCCACUUCAUGAACCGUAUGUGUUGAUACUUCAGACAAAAGUUACUAUGAUGUAACCCCACCACCAUCAGAAACUCCACGCUCUACGGGCAGUAGAUGCGACUCGAUCCGGCAGCUCUAUAGUCGUCGUGACCGGCGGGUCACUGUCGGAGCAGCACGCGGUGGACAGAAGUGUCCCGCGUCCACCCCUGCGACCGCCAUCUGGCCAGGAAUGUGCGCGUCACCUCGAGCAUGGCUCUCUGGACACCUUCCGCGUUGGUGCGAGGACGUGGUUCCCACACUCCCGUCACGUGGCGUUGAUUGAACCAUUGACCUCGCAUAGGUCAGUCGCCGGUGAGGCUAGAAAACCGUCCAGCAGUAUAAAUGUGCUCACCUGAGCCGGCACACUCUGUGUUUGGAAUUGAAGUUACACCUUAUAUGACAAUGCUAUAAGGCGAAAAACUGGAUGAGUGACCUUUGACCAAGACAUAAGUACCUACUUCAAUAGCACAGCAUGACAUUUGUUCCAGAUACCUUGAUACAAAAUAUAGGCAAAUGGGACCCCAUUUGACGAAUGAGGUGAAGCAAGGUGUGAAUCGAAGCAAUGAUAAUGUGUGGCAAAACACCGAAAUAUAAAUGUGACUCUUGCACGGAGCGCGUCUUAUCUACGUUCUAAUUUGGCUCCGAUUCCAAUGACAAUUCCGCCAAAACAAUCCUCUUUGAUCGCCUGUGAUGGCAACAAUAUUAAAACUUAUCUUCAGAAUUUGUAAAGUCAUUGUCGUUACUUACAUCAUACGGAGUGUGGUAUGCGUUUCACUGAGUACUGAUGAAGGUAGAUCGCCUCUCGCAGUCAACUGAACCACUCAUUUUUAAGUGAAGCUUCAUUAUGCUAUGCCCAUAAUGCAUUACCAACAUUACAAGCUUCUAUCAGUUUCUAAAAAAAAAUAUCAAUUGUGCAAAUAAUUUAUUUCAUUCACCGAAAGGAUUUUCCUUUCAUGUUUUGCUUUGUCAUAUGCAAAGCAAUGCGGUAAUAGUAUAUGUCAUUUGUUUAGUUGAAUGCAGUCGUGUAUAUCAGAACUGUUGUGUCGUCAAAAACACAUACCUAUGUCAUAUUCAUGUCCGCAUUUGACCGAGGGUUACAUGUGUUAUUAUGCUGAUACGUUCUUAUGUUGAGAAUAUCAGCAAGUCUAAUGUCCCACUACUGUAUAGGGGAAGGGUAAAAACAUGGGUCUGGAGGGAAAUGUCAGAAGCUAACAUGACGUUUGUUUCGUUAUUAGCCAUCCGUGUAUCUAUCAUCGUACCUAAUGUCUCACAUCCGUGCGCUGGCCAGUGCUUAGUGGAUAACCCCGGUUAACAUGAUUUUGUGUGAUCGCUUUGCUCUGAAAAAAACUGUACCUUCUGUACUGAUCUGGGAACUGUAAGGUCAUCCUGUCAAUGUCAAGCAUCACAGAAAGGUGCUUUAGUUGAUCGGGAUGCCUUCUGCCUUUUGUUUCCACAAAUCGCUAUCAGCUGCGCGAGUUGAGGCUUAGUCUACAGUGCGGAGCUCUUCCGAGCGAAACGGAAACGUCCAACUAAACUAACAUUUGUAAAAAAAUAUAUAUUUUUUCGAUGCAGAUAAAUAUUAGUGACAUUUGUACAUGAAAUGGUGCCGUUUAAAAAUAAAUGUUCAUAAAGUGUGUACGAUGAUGUACCUAUGUGUUGUAUGUAAUAAAAAAAUAAUAUGAA